GGGGGGGGGGUCAAUAUGAGUGUGACCAUGAAUGAAGGAAUGCCGAAUACAUCCCAGAUAGACUGGCACGAGCUUGAACCCAAAUACCCCGUCAAGGUCUUCCUGACGAUCUUGUACAGCCUCAUCCUGGUGACGGGUAUUGUGGGUAAUUCCGUCACCAUCAGAGUGACACAGGUGUUGAAGCGUAACGGCUACCUGCAGAAGAACGUCACCGACCACAUGGUCAGCCUGGCGUGCUCGGACCUGCUGGUCCUGCUCAUCGGCAUGCCGGUGGAGCUCUACAGCGCCAUCUGGUUCCCCUUCACGUCCGAGCAAGGGAACGCUUCCUGUAAGAUCUACAACUUCCUGUUCGAGGCCUGCAGCUACGCCACCAUCCUCAACGUAGCCACGCUUAGCUUCGAGCGCUACGUCGCCAUCUGUCACCCGUUCCGCUUCAAGGCCUUGGCUGGGAGACGCACGUCCCUCCUCAUCGCCUCCGCGUGGCUGGUGUCCGUGCUCGUGGCCCUGCCGCUGCUGGUCGCCACGGGAACCGAGGGACACGUCCUGUCCCUGGAGAGGAAGCCCGUCCAGAACCUGACUUUCUGCACCAAUCUGCGCGAGCACUGGGUGAUGUACAAGGUGAGCAUCUUCGUGGCCUUCGUGGUCUACAUGAUCGUGCUGAUCGGGGUGGCCUUCAUGUGCCGCGCCAUGGUCCUGGUCCUGAAGAAGUCUCUGGGGUUCGUGGAGGGCAGAGGGGUCAACAAGGCGCGGGAAAACUCAAAGGCCAAGACCGCCAGGAAGCAGACCAUCAUCUUUCUGGGUCUCAUCGUGGGGUCCUUGAUGGUGUGCUGGCUUCCCAACCAGAUUCGUCGUCUUAUGAUGGCUGCUGUGCCCAAGUCCUACUGGACUAAAACCUUCUUCCGGAGCUGGGUCACCCUCCACCCUGUGGCCGACAGCUUCUUCUACCUCAGCUCGGUGCUCAACCCGUUCCUCUACAACCUCUCCUCCAGGCAGUUCAGGGAUGUUUUUGUGCAGGUGCUGCGCUGCCGCCUCACCAUUGAACACAUCAACAAGUCCACCUUGCGCAACCCCCUACCCGCCUCUGCACGCUCCCUCCAGCCCCUGCUGAUGAAGUCGUUUCGUCGCGGCAGGACCAACAACCCCACCCUUGCACGAGGGGAAACUCCCCCCGCCCUUACAACCUUCCAGAGUCAAAGUGACUCAGGAGUGGCUUCAAAUACUCUUAGCCUGACUGAAGAGUCUAAUUCAAUUCUCAAAACAAGGACAGAUGUACCAUCGGAGAGUGAAGUGUAAUGGACUGUACAAUUUAAUGCAACAAAGUGAACAGUAAAAACAAGAGAAGAUGCUUGUGCUGUGCCGUCAGAAACAAAUGUUCCUUAUGCACAGUAAACACAGCACAAUAAAGUGGUAAUUCAGGAAUUUCACUAACAGAUCAGCUGAUAAUUUGGCACAAUAACAAGCUUCAUGGGACUCCUCGAGUAUGAAAUGGUUAUCAAGUCAGAAAAUGAUAAACACAAAAGCUCAAACAUUCAGUUAGCAGGAAGACCCCUUGAAGACCAUCGAUCCAAUGAGCGCCGCUGGGGUGCUAACGAUGACCCAAUCAGCACCAGGGGUUGGACUACUGCUGUUUUAAGCUGUCCAGCUGUGUUUACAUAGACAGCAUGUCUUUCAAUAUCUCCCAUUGUCGUAGCUUGGUUUUGCUUGGCUCCACUAAAGGAAAACUUUGCCAAUCCUCAACCAGCUCUAUGAUAUGCUGUAUCAUGUAGGUACAGGUGUACUUGUAGGUUGAAAGGUUCUGUUGUGUUAACUAGCAGACCCCCGCCAGUGAGUAAGUGGGGAGCUGAGGGCGUGCACACCGCUUAUCUGCACACAAUACCCACACUGCCAUGACACAAAGCUGGUUGGAAAUUGGCAGAAUUUCAUCUAAAAACAACGGCAAAACCACUAUGUUGGACUGGCUUACCAUCAGUGUCGACUACUGAUCAAUAAGGAAAAAAUGUAAUGCUGGUCUGCGAUU